ACAGUAUCCUGUAGGGCACCAAGGGUGACGUCCAACAGCUCCAAGAUUGCUCAUUUCAAACUAUCCUUCCACUCGUGGUUACAUCAUUUUUUUAGUGUUGAAUUUAUCCCGCGUAACUAUUGAGCUCAGAUAAAAAUUUGUCUUUCAAAUUAAAAUAGAAACUAAAAAAAUUAUGAAUUAAAAAUUGGUAUUCAAAGUGAGUGAUAAACUUUAUUGUUUAUUAAAAAAAAAGAAACUUCCAUUUAUUAUAAAAGGUUUUUUGAGAUUAAUUUUUGAAUUAAAUUUCAAGUAAAAAGUGUUUGGUGAGCAUAAAAGUGAUUUGCUGAUGAAUAUUGAAAUUUUCUGCAAUCAAGCAAAAAAAAAGACGAAGCAUUAACCACCACAACUGACCUUUCCUGCAUAUUGAGGUGGUGAGAAUAUUCUUUAAGAAUAAAAAGAAAGGAAGAACAAUAAGGAUGAGAAGCAGCAUCAUUUGGGUUUGAAGAAGAAGAAAAAAAAAAAGAAAAUUGUGUUUAUAUUGUGCAAGAUGAGUGGAUAAAGAUGACAUAAUAUAGUGUCCUAAUAGACAAAUCUAUAAAUUCAUACUGAGGAAGGAGGAGGCUAUCACGUAUGUAAUCCAUCCUCCCACACGUGCACCUUUACAGUGGAAAUGUGAUUCAGAAUGAAGCUGAUAAAAUUUCAGUGGCAAGAAUAUUUGCACAGACUAUUUUGUGUGGUGCAGUUAAAAGGGAAAAAGGUGUAGGAGGUGUAGUAGAACCAGGAUAUAGAAAUACACAAUAUUUAGGACGCGCGAAAGAGAGCUGUGAGAUGUGUGUGUGAGUUGUUGCAUUUAAAUUGCGAUAGUUUAUGGUGGAAGAAGGCACACUUGGUGGUGGUAUCUGUCACCUGUUCGAGAGGGAGACAAGUUUGUUCAGCAGGACGAGCCAUUGGGGAUGAGGCAGAGGUGCUAAAGGAGCCCACCCACACGCCCGGGUUGUCCUCCGCAUUCCAAAUAAUAUUUCCAUCCACACCGACCCCCCCAAAACUCUCGUUCUUCUUUUGCAACACUCCAGUUGAGGCAGCCGCCACACAGUGUGCUCUCAAAUCAACCCCAGCAUAUGUGCAUAUAUUUGAGGACGAUAGUGUAAAGCGACGUAAAAUAUGUGGCACCCAAGGGUUGUGGAUUUACAAUCCUCAAUUCUCUGUUUGCUGAUAGCUGCAGAAGUCGGAGUGGCUCUGAGGGAUGUUCAUGUCACAAUCCCAGCGGCAGUCAAGAAAGGCGAUAAUGCUAAUCUAAUAUGUAAUUACGAUAUGGAAGGUGAUAUAUUGUAUUCAGUGAAAUGGUAUAAAGGUCGCCGGGAAUUUUAUCGAUACACACCAAAGGAGAAUCCAGCAAUGAAAAUAUUUCUACAGCCUGGAAUAUCUGUGGAACGCACACUUUCAAAUGAGAGUCAGGUUGUCUUAACUGCCGUAGACACAACAUUGUCUGGAAAAUUUAGCUGUGAAGUAUCAGCAGAUGCUCCUUCCUUCCACACAAUAAUUGUUUCCGGCGACAUGGAGAUAGUAGAAUUACCAGAGAAGAGACCAUCCAUCGUGGGCGUUCAUUCGCGGUAUAGAGUGGGUGAUUUAUUGAGAGGAAAUUGCACUUCACAUUUCUCAAAACCAGCGGCAAAUUUAACAUGGACAAUAAAUGAAUUGCCGGCAAGUCCAUUGUAUACAACUGAAUAUAAAUUAAUGAAAAAUGUAAAUAGUAACUUGGAGUCGUCUGUAAUGGAAUUGCAUUUUACAAUCGCACCAAAUCAUUUUUUACGUGGAAAACUAAAACUGAAAUGCUUUGCUAGUAUUCAUGAUAUUUAUAGGGCGUACGCCGACAAACUAAUAGAACAGGAAACUCCUCGUAUUUUGGCUACGGGCACUUCUGGACAUAAUGCCAAUCUUUUCCAAAAUACGCCUUACGACCAGUCUUCCAAUUUAGAUGAAGGUACCCGAGAGAAUUAUCUCGAAACAGAUGGUUUUGUUAAACGCUAUCAAGCGGAUUUGUCAUCAGCAUCAUCGAGUUCAUUUUUCAAAGCUACCAAAGCUGAGACAUACCUCUUCAAUACCAAAUCAUACUACAUAGCUAUUCUAAUUCUUAUCAUAUGUGCAGGAGGUUGAUUAAAAUGUAUACUUUCCCUAGACAUAUAAGGCUAUAUUUUGUAAAAAAAAAAAAAAGAAAUUUUCAAACCAAACAAAAAAUGUUGCAGCUUCUUUAAGAAUAAAAUUGUGUAAAAAAAUAUUAGUAAAAAAUGAUGUAGAAAUUGUAAAAAAAAAAUGAAUUGCAAAUCAAAAAAUAACAUGUUUAGAAUAAUAUAAAAAAUUUCAUGAUGUGUAUUAGUAUUUAAAAAAAAUAGGCAUAAUGUUGCAUUGUGAAUAAUGCAAUGAAAUAAAUAAGAAUAGAUGGAUUUAGUUUUAUUUAUUGUUCUCUAUAAUGACAAAGCCGCGAGCAAAAUAGUGUAGCAUUAUUAUUUGCUAAAUUAUUCACUAAAUGAUAUUACUAAAAGAAAAAAAAAAGAAAAGGUUUUACACAUCAUACCUAAUAAAUAAAAAGAAAUGGUAUAAAUGUUUAGUCAAUAGUGAUAGAAAGAGAAUCAACGACUCCCUUCAUUUUUUUUUCAUUUCUUUUAAUGAAAAACAAACUAUUACAUUGAAGACAAUGCUGAGAGAACUAGCAGAGAAAAUAAUUUUGAGAGAGCAAAGAAGCGGAAACCAAGGUUUUUAUAUUUAUUUUAACAAAUAAAUUAUUUUUCAAAGCAAAAAAUAUAUAUUCCAAAUUAAUUUAUAAUAGAUUUUAAUUAAAUUAACACAAAAAAUGUAUUCAACACCGUUCUGGUUUAUAAAAUGAAUGAUAUACCAACAAAUUAGCGGAAAAUAUUAAUUUCUUUUUGUAAUCGAAGUUUUUCUUGUUUUCCGUGGAGAAUCUCUAAAAAAUUAUAUCAUAAAAGGGUAUAUUAAAUAGAUUAUAUUGUAAAAUGGAAUCGAAUGUAAACUAAAAAAAAAUGUGACAUCAAAUAUACAAUGAUUUUUUC